CCUGGUCAUGAUCUCCAAGUGGCACUGAUCUUCCACUAUAGCAGAGUCACUCUGUUUUCGUUUCGCUUCAAUGCCAUCAUCAUCGCUUUCCUCUUUCCUCCUCAUGUCUCCUUUCUUCUCUUUUCUUCUGCUUCCUCUCAUAAUUUCUUCAAGUAAUGCUCAGGGUCCACCUUCACCAGAUUACUUCCCAAGUUCCCAAAUUAGCCCUCUUGGCUUUGAUCAAGGGUUCAGAAACCUCUGGGGUCCUCAGCAUCAGAGACUUGACCAGGGUUCAUUAACAAUCUGGCUUGACUCUAAAUCAGGGAGUGGAUUCAAGUCACUGCAAUCUUAUCAAUCUGGGUACUUUGGUGCUGCAAUUAAGCUGCAACCAGGUUAUACUGCAGGAGUCAUUACAUCAUUCUAUUUAUCAAACAACCAAGACCACCCCGGAAACCAUGAUGAAAUUGAUAUUGAGUUCCUUGGUACUACGCCGGAUAAGCCCUACGUCUUGCAGACAAACGUAUAUAUCAGGGGCAGUGGGGAUGGAAAUAUCAUAGGCAGAGAAUUGAGGUUUCAUCUUUGGUUCGACCCAACAGAAGAUUUUCACAACUACGCUAUUCUAUGGAAACCCAGUGAGAUCAUAUUCCUAGUUGACGAUAUCCCCAUAAGGAGGUAUCCUAGGAAGAACGAUGCCACAUACCCUACCAGACCAAUGUAUGUGUACGGAUCAAUAUGGGAUGCUUCGUCCUGGGCUACAGAGGAUGGAAAAUACAAAGCUGAUUACAAAUACCAACCCUUUGUUGGUAGGUACAAAAACUUCAAGCUCAAAGGUUGCACCAGUAAUGGCCCUUCCUCCUGCCAACCACCCUCUGUCUCCCCUUCUGGCUAUAGCAGCCUGACACCUCAGCAAUACGCCACCAUGCAAUGGGUCCAAAAUAACUACUUGGUCUAUAACUAUUGCCAUGACCCUAAGAGAGAUCAUACGCUCAUUCCAGAGUGCUAAGGUCAAGAUUCUCACAUGCAUUGUUUGUAUCAGCUCGCUGAACAAGAGCAAGUAAGAUCGUAAAAGUCAGCUUUUUUUAUUCACGGUUUAAAGUCUUUUGUGAGAUCAAAGUGUUUAUAUCACGAGGGGUGGUUUUAUGAGAUGGUCCCACUGUGCAAGUGUAGUUUGCAAGAGCAGCUGAGCGUCCAGCACUACCCCGCACAAAAGAUUGGAAUGUUUUUGUUGUCUAUGUGAUUUGUGUAAUUGUGAUGUACUAUUGCUUUUGAUUUUAUUAAUGAUGAAAUAAAAUGGUUAAAGUGUUUUCUAAUA